AUGUCCGCGAUCUGGAAUUAUGACUGGACUGGAAAAUCUCUCUUGAUCACGCAAAGGCGGGUCAAGAUUGAUGAGCAACUAAGCGAGGUCUUGGAUGACCGGCUGGGCCUUCGCCACAUUCUCACUCGUGCCCAUGAUACCAACACUGGUGAGCGUCUCAUGCUGACGAUCCAAUACGAGCUUAACCCAGAUGAAUUCGAUUUCGAAAACCCCGAAGAGAUCAAGGAGAUGGCCAAGUUGCAUUGGUUGCACGGGGUGGACACUGUGGAUAUUGUUGGAAGUCUCGGACAUGGGCCCAAGUACCAUGCUCAUACCAGGCAGACUCAGGGAUGUGGAAUGCCAUACCGUGGUGGUAGAAUCUACUUCAUCAUCAUGGGUGAUGUUCCUGGCGAGGAUGUCGAUGAGUUACUCGAUGAGCUCUCGGUCACCCAGUUGGCAUCCAUCAGGAAGCAACUCGCGUUUAUUCUCGAGUGA